UGUGUUUUUCCACAUUACACGAUUUCAUUUGAUUUCUAAAAACAUUGUGAAGAUGGAUAUGAAGGGAAAUAUUCCACUAGCUACACUCCUCCUUUUGCUACUUAUUUCUAUAAUUUCCCCAUCACAUUCCUUAUCAUCCUUGGAUGCCAAUUCCACAGAAUUAUCAUCAUUUUAUAACCUUCUUUCUUCUACUGUUCUUCCGCUUAAAGAAAGGUCACUUGGGGAUUACACGGUGUCCUUCAAAUUUGGCAACAAUCCCGUACAGUCCUUUAACCUUGAUAUUGACACGGGUAGUGAACUCACUUGGGUUCAGUGUGAUUAUCAAUGCCAAGGUUGCACUAUGCCUAAGGAUAAACUUUAUAAACCUGACAAAAACAAAUUUGUGAAAUAUGGGACGCCCUUGUGUGAUGCAGUCCAGAAAAAAAAUAAAAAUGAGUCAGUGCUAUGUGAGUUUCAAGAAGAAUAUGUAGACAAUCUUCACGUUGAGGGAUACCUAAUAGAAGACAGUAUUCCCAUUGAAAGCUCUGAUGCCGCUUUACGGUCCACUGCACUGGCAUUCGGGUGUACAAAUAAAUUGAAGGAUACUGAUGAAAAACAACAGAUCCCAUUCCCAGAAGGGAUCCUUGGGCUUGGGUAUGGUAAGGCCAGCAUAUUGUCCCAGCUUAAAUCUCAAGGUUUGAUUCAAAAUGUGGUAGGUCAUUGCAUAAAAAAGAGAGGAGGGUACUUAUUCUUUGGAGAUAAAUUCAUUCCCAAACCUCUUACGCAGAUUAGUUGGACACCUAUCAUAAUUCCCUCAAAACAUAAGGUUGAGGAAGGACACUAUUAUGCAGGACAAGCGGAUCUGCUUUACAAUGGAAUUCAUACUCCUAUUAGGGUUCUUAGCCUUUUGUUUGAUAGUGGAACCACCCUUUCAUACCUCAAUUCUAAAGACUAUAAAGUUCUUCUCGAUCUUAUAAACACAGAAUUGAAUAAUAAAGGAACGUUUAAAAAAGCUGAGGAAGACGAUCUAAUUUGUUGGACGGGUAAGAUAUUUCAGUCUAUAGACCAAGUGAGCAAAGAUUAUUUGAAGCCUAUAAUAUUGAGCAUCACAAACAACAAUGUGAAGUUUGAAUUACAAGUUGAACAUUAUAUAACCCUCUCGAGAAAAGGAAAUAUAUGCUUGCUAUUCGAAGAUAGCAAGGAAAAUGACUUUGAUGAUGAUAAUGUGAUAGGAGCUCUCUCUAUGAGAGAUAAGAUAAUGAUUUUUGACAACGAGAAAAAGCAGAUUGGAUGGGUUCCAGACGAUUGUACUAAACUUCCCCCACAUCGUUGAUCGAUUGAGGCUUAAGAGGGAGGAUAUGGAUAAUGGCAAGAUUGAAUAAAAUAGAUACACUUCUUGUAUUUUACUAGCCUUAAAUAAAUUGCAUUCCUCCUCAAAAGAAUUAACAUUAUAAUAUAUGAUAAUAGAAUUUCAAUAAAUAUUUUAUUGUUGA